AUGCACAUCAGCAUCAAAGCGCGAUAUCGACUGCUAGUGGCAAGCCUGGCUGCCUGUGCCCUUGUCUUGGUUUCCUCUGGGGCGAGAUGGUAUCUGCGGCCAAGACAGUCACCCUCGAGUCGUGUCGACGUUCCGCCGUCAAAUCCAAUUCGGGGUGAAUCUGCGUCCAGGGGAAAGCCGAACUCCCCCUUACGCGGAACCGAUGCCUCCAUUCCGACAGAUGACAACAGCACCCCAAAGGGCUUCGACAACACAGAUGUCAACUUUUGGAAACAGUGCCCUCACGCUUCCCUUGCCCACCCCAACUUCGACAGAGAAUCUCUCCCAGCUAUCCCCCAACCACGCUUCAAGUCCCCCUCUCCACAACCUACUGCCAUCCAAAACCCAUUUCCUCUCCUCUUCCAGGAACCACCUCCGAAACGUUGGGUACUCCGAGCCCCUCCCCCAAACAAACCGUCAACCCCUCACGUCAAGCACGACACGCCUCUGUUGAUCGGCUGGACGCCCGAAGAACUUGGAUGGGAUGUUGUUUUACAGUUCGCUCGUGACAAAGAGUGGGAUCAGUUCUUCUGGACGCAUCCUGACCUGCUUGUGCUGUCCAACGAGAACGAAGAGUCAGUUCGCUCAGCCUACAUAAAGGCUGUUGAAAUCCUACGCGAGCUCAAAAACAAGAAGCUCCGUUGGGCAAAUUACUUUUUCGAAUGUGACCGUCUCGUUCUCACUAACGUUGCUGCUCUCCUCUCCAUCGGCGGUUGGGAUGCCGCCAUACCCUCUGCCCUUGCCCAUUGCGACGUGUACGCUCGCCUAGCCUGGGCCGGCUACUGGCAAGGUUCCUUUCCUGGCACUACGCCAACCGGCCUCUUCUUCGAGGUUGACAGCACCAUGUAUGACUUGGGAGCCCUUCUUCGGCUACCAGGGGCUCAGGCGAGGCUGGCACCACCACCAGAGAGAUCGAGUGAUGGGAGUGACGAGGAUAAUGAGGUGUACACUUCUGAGUAUGUAGAGCAUGUCAACGCACAUGGGGAGACCUUCAAGAGACUGGUGGACAUAGCAACGCGCCUACAAGACCGCAGGAGGGAGAGGGAGUCGGCCCAAAGUGAAACAGGGGAGCAAAACGGGUUCAAGAGAGGGGAGGAAAUCUUGUCAGAUGCAGGGCGGGCAGUGUUUACUGAGAAAUGGGGGCACCUCGCAAAGAUGGGUUGUGAACUCUGGAGGGCACCCAUCAAGGGAGACGACGCGUGGCGCCUGGAGAAGAGCGGGAAAGAAGAUGAAAGAAAGGACCGGGUGCUGGUAUAG